AAGCGGCUCGGUGACUUGGCUGCGUGGCUUGUCGUGUGGCUGGACUGUUAGGAGGAAAGCCUGAAGGAAGGUCUUGAAAUUGUGUGCGAGCCCCAAGGAACAGCAAGCAUGGCUUUGACCCUUACCAUUAAUGCCGGCAACCCUCCUUUGGGGCCGCUGUUGGUGACAGAGCUUGUGAAGAACAGUGUAAAUGUGUCAGUGGAGGAGGGCAAAGACACCAUGCUGCGCAUCUCUGACUCCGUUCAUUUCAAUGACGUGAACUCCAUCACCCGCUACCUGGUGCGUGUAGCUCCUAGUCUCGGCCUGUAUGGCUCCAACCUGAUGGAACAGACUGAGGUGGAUCACUGGCUGGAGUUCAGUGCACGGCGGAUCUCCGGCCAGUCUAGUCUGACUGCAGCCUUUGAGGACCUGGACAAGGCCCUGUCUCUGCGCACCUUCCUGGUGGGCCACAGCCUGACCUUAGCUGACCUCUGUGUAUGGGCUGCCCUCAAAGGAAGUGCAGGGUGGCAGGCAGUCCAAGCCAAGCCUGGGCCAUUCCCUCACAUCCGCCGCUGGUUCUCUUUCCUGGAGUCCCAGACUCCCUUCACAGCUGUGGGCAACAAAUGGGCCAAGAGUGUGGUUGCCUCAAGCAAUGGCACGAGUGGGGAGAAAGAGAAGAAGCAGGAUGUGGGCAAGUUUGUGGAGCUUCCUGGUGCUGAGAUGGGGAAGGUUGUAGUUCGGUUUCCACCAGAGGCCAGUGGUUAUCUGCACAUCGGCCACGCCAAAGCUGCUCUCCUCAAUCAACAUUACCAGGUCAACUUCAAGGGCAAGCUGAUCAUGCGCUUUGAUGACACCAACCCCGAGAAGGAGAAGGAGGACUUCGAGAAGGUAAUCCUGGAGGACGUGGCCAUGCUGCAGAUAAAGCCGGACCAGUUCACCUACACUAGCGACCACUUCCCCAUCAUCCUGCGCAUGGCCGAGCAGCUGCUGCAGGAGGGCAAGGCCUACGUCGAUGACACGCCGCCUGACCUCAUGAAGCAGGAGAGAGAGCAGAGGGCGGAGUCCCGUCACCGCAACAACUCGGUGGAGAAGAACAUGAAGAUGUGGGAGGAGAUGAAGGCGGGGACCGAGUACGGCCAGAGCUGCUGCAUGAGGGCCAAGAUAGACAUGAACUCCAACAACGGCUGCCUGCGUGACCCCACGCUGUACCGCUGCAAGAACACGCCCCACCCGCGCACAGGAUCCACGUACAAGGUGUACCCCACCUAUGAUUUCGCCUGCCCCAUCGUGGACAGCCUGGAGGGAGUGACCCACGCGCUACGCACCACCGAGUACCACGACCGCGACGAGCAGUUCUACUGGGUGAUCAACGCCCUGAGGCUGCGCAAGCCCUACAUCUGGGAGUACGCCCGCCUCAACCUCAACAACACCGUGCUCUCCAAGAGGAAGCUCACCUGGUUUGUGGACCAGGGCCUGGUGGAUGGCUGGGAUGACCCACGUUUCCCCACAGUCCGUGGCGUUCUGCGUAGAGGCAUGACUGUGGAGGGACUCAAACAGUUCAUUGCUGCACAGGGUGGAUCCAGGUCUGUGGUCAACAUGGAGUGGGACAAGAUCUGGGCAUUCAACAAGAAGCUGCCAAUUAGCUGUAAAAAGGUGAUUGACCCUGUGGCCCCCAGGUUCACAGCCCUCCUGGCAUCCCAUGUCGUUCCCAUUUCCAUACCAGAGGCAAAAGAAGAGAUGAAGGAGGUAGCCAGACACCCCAAGAAUGCUGAUGUGGGGAUGAAGAAAGUGUGGUACGGACCCAGGGUGCUGAUCGAUGGGGCGGACGCCGAGACCUUUACAGAGGGAGAGGUCGUCACCUUUAUCAACUGGGGCAACAUCAUCAUCACCAAAAUCCACAGAGACAGCAGUGGGGUGAUCACAUCACUGGAGGGACGUCUGAACCUGGAGAACACGGACUACAAGAAGACGACCAAGAUCACGUGGCUGGCAGACACCCCCAGUGCCCCUGUCCUCCCCACAGUCUGCAUCAGCUACCAGCACCUCAUCUCCAAACCAGUGCUGGGCAAGGACGAUGACUUCAAGGACUACAUCAACAGGAACAGCAAGGUGGAGGAGAAGAUGUUAGGGGAUCCUUGUCUGAAAGACUUGAAGAAGGGUGACAUCAUUCAGCUGCAGAGGCGGGGCUUCUAUAUCUGUGACCAACCCUAUGAGCCAGUCAGCCCCCACAGCUGCAAGGAAAGCCCCUGUGUGCUGCUGUACGUCCCUGACGGACACACUAAAGACAUGCCCACUGCUGGCUCCAAGGACAAGAGCAAGAGCCAGGCUGCCAGCAAACCUGUAAAAGCAGAGCCCGCCUCCCCAGCAAAAUCAAAGCCCAGCCCCGCCCCCAGCAGCACCGGAGACGCAGCAUCUGUGUUCGCGGCCGUGGUGGCCCAGGGAGAGACUGUCCGGCAGCUGAAGGCCAGUAAAGCACCCAAGGACCAGGUAGACCAGGCAGUGAAGCAGCUCUUGGCCCUGAAGGCAGCGUUUAAACAGCUCACGGGACAAGAGUACAAACCAGGCAUGACCCCGCCCGCAUCAGCCCCUGCAGCUAAGGAUGCCACCCCUGUGCCCUCAAGCCCUGCCCCGAACUCCACCUCCUGCCCGUAUGAGCGGGUGGCCCAGCAGGGAGAGGUGGUGAGGAAGCUGAAAGCAGAAAAGGCCCCGAAGGACCAGAUAGAUGCUGCAGUAAAGAAGCUUCUGGCUCUUAAGGCGGAAUUCAAGCAGCUCACCGGGCAAGACUACAAACCAGGGAUGGCUCCAUCCACCCCCACCGCUGCACCCACCAGCCCAGCCCCUGCCAAGGCCCCCUCUGGCAUUUAUGAGCGCGUGGUCCAGCAGGGAGAGGUGGUGAGGAAGCUCAAAGCAGAGAAGGCUCCCAAGGACCAGAUAGAUGCUGCAGUGAAGCAGCUGUUGGCCCUCAAAGCAGACUUCAAGCAAGAAACCGGGCAGGACUACAAGCCAGGCAUGGCCCCCCCAGCAAGCUCAGCUCCUGUGCAGGCUAGCUCAGCUCCUGUGCAGGCUAGCCCCGCCCCCACCCAGUCCAGCUCCUCCCCUCAGACACAGGUGCUGUUUUCUCAGGUUGCACAGCAGGGGGAGCUGGUGAGGAAACUAAAAUCAGAAAAAGCCCCCAAGGAGCAGGUGGACGGCGCAGUGAAGACUCUGCUGGAGCUCAAGGCCCAGUACAAAUCCCUGACCGGAGAAGAGUACCGCCCAGUGACGGCAGCAGGGGCAACUGGGGCCGAGGACAAGAGCCGAAAGGACAGGGAGAACAAGUCUGAGAAACAGGGCGGAGGAGGCGGGCGCAAGCAGCGUGGAGGAGACAAGCCGGCUCAGGGACAGGAGCCAAGCUCCUGCGGCGCCGGUGGAGCAGGCGAAGGCCAAGGCCCGAAGAAACAGACACGAUUGGGUCUGGAAGCUAAGAAAGAGGAGAAUCUGGCUGACUGGUACUCUCAGGUGAUCACCAAGGCCGAGAUGAUUGAGUACUACGAUGUGAGCGGCUGCUACGUGCUGCGGCCCUGGGCCUUCGCCAUUUGGGAAGCCAUUAAGGAUUUCUUUGAUGCUGAGAUCAAGAAGCUGGGAGUGGAGAACUGCUACUUCCCCAUGUUCGUGUCCCAGGCCGCCCUGGAGAAGGAGAAAAGUCACAUCGCAGACUUCGCUCCUGAGGUGGCCUGGGUCACCCGGUCCGGGAAGACAGAGCUGGCUGAGCCUAUUGCUGUCAGACCGACCAGUGAGACAGUUAUGUACCCAGCCUAUGCCAAGUGGGUGCAGUCACACAGAGACCUGCCCAUCAAACUCAACCAGUGGUGCAACGUUGUGAGAUGGGAGUUUAAGCACCCACAGCCCUUCCUGCGAACCCGAGAGUUCCUGUGGCAGGAGGGACACACUGCCUUUGCCACUAAAGAGGAGGCCGCAGAGGAGGUGCUGCAGAUCCUGGACCUGUAUGCUCGUGUCUACGAGGAGCUGAUGGCCAUCCCUGUGGUGAAGGGCAGGAAGACUGAGAAGGAGAAGUUUGCAGGAGGAGACUACACCACCACUGUGGAAGCCUACAUCUCUGCCAGCGGGAGAGCCAUCCAGGGUGCCACUUCCCACCACCUGGGGCAGAACUUCUCGCGCAUGUUCGAAAUCAUGUUCGAGGACCCCAAGAAACCUGGCGAGAAGCAGCUGGCCUUCCAGAACUCAUGGGGCAUCACCACCCGCACCAUUGGUGUUCUGACCAUGGUGCAUGGAGACGACCAGGGCCUGGUGCUGCCACCCAGGGUGGCAUGUCUUCAGGUCAUCAUUAUACCCUGUGGGAUCACAGCCUCUCUUCCUGAGGCAGAGAAGGACGCUCUACUGGCUCAGUGCUCCAAGUACCUCUCCCGACUCCAGAAAAGCGGACUGAGGGUCAAGGCUGACCUGAGGGACAACUACUCCCCUGGCUGGAAAUUCAACCACUGGGAACUAAAGGGAGUGCCGGUGCGACUGGAGGUGGGACCCAAGGAUCUGAAGCAGGGACAGUGUGUGGCAGUGCGGAGGGACACGGGCGAGAAGAUCACCCUGCCUGAGGCUGACACUGAGAGCCGACUCUCACAGCUACUGGAGGACAUCCAGACCAACUUGUUCCAGAGGGCUUCAGAUGAUCUGAAGGCACAUAUGGUGGCGGCUGACAGCAUGGAGCAGUUCCAGAAGGAACUGGACCAGGGCAAGAUUGUUCAAAUCCCCUUCUGUGGAGGUAUUGAAUGUGAGGAUUGGAUUAAGAAGACCACAGCCAAGGAUCAGGACCUGGAGCCCGGUGCCCCCUCUAUGGGAGCGAAGAGCCUGUGCAUCCCCUUCCAGCCACUGAAGACCCUGGCACCAGGGCAGAUGUGUGUGAGCGGGAAGGAGCCAGCACAGUUCUACACGCUGUUUGGGCGUAGCUACUAAAAGGGCCCGCAGAGAGAUGGAGGAACAAACCUGACUCCACCCCUCUCUCAGGGUUCUUUGGUGCUGCACCCUCCUUGCCACACCUGACAGAGACUUACCCUUAGAGAGACUGAUGCACUCAUUGUAACUGUAACAACCCAUUUCCUCCAGUAUGAAAACUCAGUGUAGUCCUAACUUCCUGUGAUACACCCUUUUGUCCCUUAAACCUGUCCCCCACCCCUCCAUACUCAGGACUGUACAGUUAGAAAGAUGGAGAGGAAAUGAAAGCAGAGAGAGACUCAUUUAUCCCAAUCAGAAGAGGAGACAAUGUGAAGCCUGGGGAAUUGGGGGUUGGUUUUGAUCCCUGUAAUUCAGUAGUUGCAAAGCCCUUUGCCUCCUUGUUUUAUGCGCAGUGUCAUAACAGUAACACCAAACUGACACCAAAUAGACUACCAUUGGAGUG